UCACUCUUCGAGCUCGGCCAUUUUCGAACGAGAUAUCGAACCUUUAGGUCUCCCUUCUCUCUCGGUACCUCUGCAACCCGCUGUUACUGUGCCCGGCAUUAGCCAACAUGCACGAGUUGCCACUACCGCCACCUCGACCAACAACGCACACCGUAUUCCUCGCUCAAAGACCACUGAGGCGAUCGAAAUGACCGUUCCCAGUGUCCUCGACUCGGCUGUUUCGGCAUUGACGAUUGCGGAAGAAACUGGCACGAAUAUCACCGUGUUGAGUCCUGUGCCGUCACAGGGCCAGCACCCCUUAUUGCAAGGCCAUUCCACUUCCAAUUUGCAAUCCCCGCUAUCUGCACACUCGCAAUCAUCUCCGAUUACUUCCACAUUCACCCAACCAAGUUUGGCCGCGCCCGGUGGCGUGGGUUCGAUUGGAUCGACAUCAGGAACAUCAGGUGGCAGUCCAUCACCUCCCACAAU